CGUGUAACUCCUGAUUAAUGACGUCAGGUGUAAAUCCAUCUCGACGGGUGUUGACUCUCCUCAGGAGGGACGGAGCUGCUAACGUCAAGUAACUUCACGCAGCGGGCUGGCGUCUCAUCUACAACCAGAGUGUGGCAGAUCUCAGGCUUCUCUGGAGGAAUCCCUAAUUUCAGUCAUAUCAGGGGGGGAAGUCAACCUGUCGAGUUGUGAGUGGAGCUCACGUGUCCGACCCAUUUGCUAGUUCAGACAUCCGGCCAGUAUGUCCAGCGAUCCUCCCCCUCCGUACCCCGGAGGUCCCAGUGCGCCCCUCAUCCAGGAGAAAAAUGGACAACCUGAAGCGGUAAGGACUGGUCCUCCACAGGGACAACCCCUACCUCCAGACUAUGGUCCACCACCCUAUGAGGCCACACAGCCAGGCUUCCUACCACCACAUGUCCCUGGGGAAGGGCCCAUGCCAAUGCCCAUGCCUAUGCCUCCACCACCACAAGGUGGCCACUACCCACCACCACCUGGUCACUUUCCUCAACCGAUGCCAGGACAGAUGGGCCCGGGUCCUGGUCACUUUGUCCACAUGGGAGGUCACACAGCGACCGUCCUGGCUCCUCCAGGAGCAGCCACCACUGUGACCGUUCUGCAGGGUGAAAUGUUUCAGACUUCACCAGUGCAGACUGUGUGUCCGCACUGUCAGCAGGCUAUCGUCACCCGCAUCUCCCACGACAUCGGCCUCAUGAACACACUCUUCUGCCUCUUCUGCUUCUUUGUAGGCUGUGAUCUCGGCUGCUGCUUGAUUCCCUGUAUGAUUGAUGACCUCAAGGAUGUGACACACACCUGCCCUUACUGUAAGGGCUACAUUUAUACAUACAAGCGUAUAUGCUAACCACGGACAGCUGGAUGCCACAGAGACAAGUACAUGCACACACAUAAACCCACAGUGCCCCCUGCUGGUAGUGACAGGCUUCUCCCCCCCCCCCCUCUACAUUUUUGCAAAGUGUUGUGUAGCCCUCUUAAAUUGUAAGUGAAGUUUUCUAAUUAGUUCACAACAUAUUUCCUGUAUAUACCGUUCAGCAUACUUCUCUCAUGCAUUUGAAAUGUACAGUUCUCUGACUUAAGCGCAGCAGGUGAAGGCGCUCAGAGGCACACAGGUAAAUUUGUGAUGUUUCGCAUGUGAAUAAAAAAAGGAAAAAAAAACAAAACAAAAAACUGCCUCUGUUAGAGAACGCUGUGAAAAUGUCACUUUAUUUGAAUUCAUCUGUGAAUUUUGCUCUAUAGCAGGGGUAGGCAACCUUUCUGAUGACGAGUGCUAUGUAAAAUUUCCUCAGAAGUCAGUGUGCCAUAUGAUUGCAUUAGCAAUAAAUUUAAUAACGCUCUAUAUUAACAGUUACACACUAUAUA